AUGUCUUCCGUUCCGACAAAGACAAUUCGGCCAGAGGUGCCUCCCGAGACAGAGAAGCUCUCGCUACUCCAUGGCCCGCUCGACCCUCCUCUGGUUGACCUGACACUCGGUGAACUGCUCGAACUACAGACCUAUCAACACGGCACACGCGAAUGUCUCGUUAUUCCAUGGACGGGGGCGCGAUGGACAUACAAUGAGUUGAACCAGCAGUCCUCCUGGCUGGCGCAGUCACUUCUUGACUUCGGAAUCGGUGUCGGCGACCGCGUGGGCAUCAUGGCUGGCAACUGCGAGCAGUACGCGGCCGUGUUCUUCGCCGCCGCCAAGAUCGGAGCAAUCCUAGUCAUUCUCAACAACACUUAUACGCCUACCGAAGCAAUGUACGGUAUUCAAUUCUCCGAAUGCAAGAUCGUCUUUACCACGCGCACCAUUGGCCGCAUGGAUAACUCGCGCCUGCUAGGUGAUCUGGACAACUUGGACCGCGGCCCAAAGGUCGUCAUGCUGCGAGGUGACGCCAGCAACUAUACUACGUACGACGAAAUGAUCAAGUCUGCUGCACGAAAAAGUCAUGAUAGGCUCUAUGAGGCAAUGAGACGCGUGAGCCCACAUCAAGUUGUCAAUCUGCAAUUUACCAGUGGCACCACCGGCCUGCCCAAAGCCGCUAUGCUGACACAUCACAACCUCGUCAACAACUCUCGUUUCAUUGGCGACAGGAUGCGCCUCACAUCGGCCGACGUGCUCUGCUGCCCUCCACCGCUGUUCCAUUGCUUUGGCCUUGUACUCGGUCUUCUGGCCAUAAUCACACACGGAGGCAAGAUCGUCUAUCCCGCCGAAGUUUUUGACAUCUCUGCCACCCUGCGUGCCAUCUCUGACGAGUCCUGUACCGCCGUCCACGGCGUGCCUGCCAUGUUCGACUCACUUUUCCAAGCUGAGUUUCCGCCUGAUUUCCGGUGCGACCGGCUCCGCACCGGCAUCAUUGCGGGAGCGCCCGUUCCCCGGUAUCUCAUGGAGCUUCUCGUUGAGAAGUUUGGCAUGACCGAGUUCACCUCUAGCUACGGAUUGACGGAAGCGAGCCCGACGUGCUUCAAUGCCUUCACCGACGACAAUAUUGACACGCGUCUGACGACUGUGGGCACGCUCAUGCCUCAUGCUCAUGCCAAAAUCGUAGAUCGUGACGGAAACAUUGUGCCCGUUGGUGUGCGCGGCGAGCUGUGCAUGGGUGGGUAUCAGCUUCAGGCAGGGUACUGGAACAACUCGGCCAAGACUAACGAGGUCAUGGUACGCGACUCAACUGGUGUAUUGUGGCUUCACACUGGCGAUGAGGCUGUUUUUAACGAGCAUGGCUACUGCACCAUCACGGGCCGCUUCAAGGACAUCAUCAUUCGCGGUGGCGAAAACAUCUAUCCUCUCGAGAUUGAAGAGCGUCUCAUGGCGCAUCCCUCCGUUUCUCGCGCUAUCGUCGUCGGCUUGAAGAGUAAGCACUAUGGCGAAGUGGUUGGCGCAUUCCUUGAGCUCGUUGCCACAGCGGCCAAACCCUCGGAUCAGGAGCUUCGAGACUGGGUGCGCAAACGUCUCGGUGGACACAAAUCACCCGCGCAUCUCUUCUGGCUUGGUGAAGGCAGUGUCCCUGCUUAUGUGCCGCUGACUGGCAGUGGCAAGGUGAAAAAGUUCGAAAUGGCCAAGGUGGGCGACGAGUUGCUCCGAAAACAGACGACUGUCGCCAAGUUAUAA